GACAGACUUUGAGUGCUGCACAGUGCACACACACACAAACAACCCUGGAUUCCGAGGCCUCUUCGCCACAUCCUCCUCCUCCUCCUCCUCCUCCUUCUUUAUUCGGAUCCUCCCCUUGAGUCCCCUCCUCCUAUUCCUCUUUGGCCUGACUGGGCGGUCUUUCCCUCGCCCUUGGGAUCCGUGUGUUGGUCUCCGUGUUGGUUACCUGAGUGUGGUCAUGGUUAAGAAGGAGAGUGGGACACCGGGUCCGGUGCCGCUGACGGCCAGCGGAGCGGCCGCACCCACCGCUCCGGCCAGCAGUCCCUACGCCAAUCACUUCUAUGAGGUGUCGCCGCACGCGGCCACGGCGCCCACGGCCGAGGCGGCGGGCUCGAGCGUCAGUCUGGCGUUCGAGUAUUUCAUGCCGGGCGCGCGGGUCAAGUGCACCUCGUGCUACGGCGACAACCUGGAAGGCGAGGUCAUGGCCUUUGACCUCAACACCCGCAUGCUCGUUUUAAAAAUGUCUGCCACGGAUCGCCGCCCCUCCCACAAUGACGUGCAAAUGCUCAACAUGAACUACAUGAAGGAUGUGAAGCUCUUGAGUGAGGCCAAGAACAACAACGGAACCCCGCCCGCCGAUCCACCUACUCUAAAUAUUCAACGGUUAAAAAAUCGCAUUGGACAAAACUUGGUACGAAAAGGCCGUCUGAUAAAGGCGUUUAAGUCGGGUGUGUCCGUGGAAGGACAGCGUCUGUUCCAGGUCAUUUCCAAAACCAUUGAUGAGAUUGACUGGGAAGGAGAGAACAUUGUCGUAAUGAGGAAGGUCACUAUUACGCCUCCGUACAAACCGGAAAACAUUAAAGGCGUUUCAGACAGCAAGGCGGUUCUACAUAUUACCAAAAUUGUUGAGAAACAUGUUGAGGAUGAACGCGAUAGCACGGCCAAAGCCAGCCAGAGCCGGAACUCAUCCGCAUCUCCGGCCAAGUCCGCCUCUCCUUCGCAAUCCGUUGGAGGAGUGGGGGGCGGUAAGGACGCCGCCACACCCGUUGACAGUCAACAAUCAGCCCCUCCCUCUGCCUCUGCAUCGACCUCUUCGUCGCCUCGUGCUGCCUCCACCACGCCCACAAGCGGCUCAUCGGCUCCCUCGCAGGCCGGGCCCACUCAAGCCAACAACAACACAACCGCCACCACCAACAAUAGCAGCAGCAGUAGCAGCAGCAGCAGCAACAACAACCAGCGCAAUACGAAUGGACCCAGACAGCAGGGUGGAGGGCAAGAUCGUCGAUCCAACAACAGCAACAACGCCAGCGGAGGCAGCCAUGCCUCGUCAACAUCCAACAAUUCUGGGCGGAACGGACCCAGUGGCAAUCAAAGGAGCUCUGCGGCCAAGCCCAUAUACCCCUGGAGUGUUUACCAGUGAGAUGAAUCCGUACGAGUUCCGGCGACAUUUCGCGUUUUGAUACUCCACUUCUUUCUCCUCCAUCCUUCACCUCAUCAUCAACAUCAAUGGAUUCAUUCUGGAAGAUGGCGCACGACGGGAAUCAUAUUUUUGUGAUGAUUCCAAUUGUAAAUCCAUGAAAAGCAGUCAAAUGGUGGGUCAUCUCAUGAUUGUUUACAGAUGGUGGCAGUAUACAUGUACACUAAUGAGUUAUUUAAGGGACUUGAGAUGGCCCACGUGCUUUAAAUCCAAGUCUGGCGAAAGGGAAGGUCUGCUUGGAUGCAUAUUUUUAUGAGCUUGUGAUGCCCUCAAUAUCCUAUCCUAUCCUUCCCUCCAACAUUCGUUCCCAAUUCUACUCCAACCUUAUACACCCACCCAACCACACCCAUGAAAAGCUAUCCACGAAACAAAACUUUCAGUUCGUAUUUCUCUUCUCGCCUUCAAUUUUCAAGGCUUCUUUUUUCCUUUACCAAACGAGUAGAGAAAUAAAGAUGGCAUCGACUUGAUGCGAAAAACACUUCCAAA